CAGCGAGUAGAACCAGCGGGUGGAGAGAGGGACCAGUUAGGAGACCGAGUAUUGAGAAAGGUGACAAGACGCGAGAGAGUGAUUGAGCGCGCACGCGAGUGAAGUUCAUAAACCUGUCAACUCCUCUGCGGGCCGUCCUGCCUCGGAAGUUGGUCGCGGUCGACCCUCUUUCUCUCUCUUCAUUCCAAAUUCAUUUGUCAUAUCGCGUAACAGACCAUCACAUGUCUUACAUUCUGCAGUCGUGUCCCAGAAAUUACUGAGAAAUCUCAACUAGUUUUGGAAUCAUCAUCUCCUGGACAAAUUCUCCAGACAGAUCGCUUUAAAGUGGGGAUGGGUUCUACGCAGCCGACAUCCAUCAUCAUUGUGGGGAUAAUAACAAUCAUCGUUUCGUUUCGAAACAUUAAUACAACGCUGCACUUAGUCCAGUGACAUAUCUUGUAACAUUUUGCAAAUGUUUCAAACCUCGUUUAAUUUCAAGCCCCUAGAUUUGGUAAACUUAGUGAAGCCACACAAGAGAGCUUGGAUCGAAUAUCAGCGUUGUUAGAGACAAACGAGCAUUGUCUUGAACAUCGAAUGCAUCCAUAGAUGUCCUGGGACACCCCAUGCUUGCAUCUUCUCAUGGAUAUACCGUUCAUGCAUCCUAUGAUUUUGCUGAGUGAUUUCCCGCCAAAUUUUGGUUUUUCGACUACAUCACUUUAUAUUUUGGAGAUUCGAAGUCACCGAUUUUGAAAGUACUUGGCGGCAUUAAAUACGUGGUUUUGGCUGAUUUGUAAAAUUGGCACUGACAGUCGAUAUCAUCGAUUUCCAUCAAUCCAUCUCGAAACGUUGCUUAAUGUUACUCUUGAAUUUGGUCUCCAUGGAUUAAUGUUGUCACGCAAAUUAAGUGCCGGAAGACUAUAUAAUAUAGGCAGAAGUGGUUUUCUGAACAAAGCUUCAAGAUUGAACUGCCAUAAAAUUUCGCAAACAUCGUCAUGGGCAGUAAUGUUUUGAGCAAGCUGUCAGCAUCAAUACGAUUAACUUUAAGGAUUUUCCUUUAAUGUCGAUAUUAGUGGUGGACACUCAAUUCAAUUUCGACGAAUCGAUAAACAUUUUUUUUCGGGGGAACUUGACAAAACGUAACGUACUUUAUAUUUCACAUUUGGAAGGAAUUUGUCUAAGGGUCACGUCUGGACUGACUUCUAGAUUCAAGUAGCCGCCACAUUGGUGUCAUACUGUUGUCGUUCUCGAGAUCACCCACGUCCGCUGACCGUCAUCAUGAGCUGUUUGGACGUCAUGUACCAGGGUACUUACCAACCCUACCAGUAUCCCUUCUACCAAAGGCCAUUCGCACAGAAGUUUGGACACUACAAGAUGCAGGAGGCGAUGGGACUCGAUUCGGCGGUCGACUACAGCUCGACGUCGAGCCACCACCAUCCGACCUCCCACACGCCGAGCCUCUCGGCGUUCUCGACCACCACAAACCCCCAUCACCAUCAUUUCCACCACCACCCGGCGACGGCGACGCACUACACGGGGCACGGCAGCGUGGGGAGUCACGGCAGUGGGGUGAGCGCAGGCAGCGUUCAAGGACACUCGGGGCAUUCUUCGCUGCAUUCCACCCCGUCAUCGCUCGCGACGCCGUCCUCAGCGCUCGGCGUGAAGGAGGAGGAGGAAUCGGGGAAUGCGAGCGACAAGGACCCCGCGCCGGAAGCGGACUACGUCAAUUCCCGUUGUGUUAUUUUUACGUUUUACUCUGGUGAUUUGGAUAAGAUAGUUGACGAACACUUCAGUCGAUCACUGAGUCAUCAAGGGAGCUAUGCACAAGACACUGACGGAAAACAAAGGACAAUAAAUGGCAGUGAUUUGAGCAGUCAAAAUGACAGUGGUGACAGCAGAAGAGAAAACUCGAAUUGGCCAAGCAAAAACAAUGGUUGUUCGCCGACGCCGAUGUGUAAACGUAGCUUUCCACCGUCUUUCUGGAAUUCAAAUUUUUACAGUAACGUCACGAACUGCAACAAUAACAACGCCAACAUCAGCAGCAACAGCCUGCAUCUCAACUCGAUGUACCCGACGAGCACCUCGACGCACCACGAUACAUCAUCCCUCCUCACCGCCGCACAAGCGGCCGCCGAUUCAUACACCAUGCACCACCACGCGCACCACCGGGCAGCUUCCAUGCACCAUUCGCAGGCAGAGGCAUGGCAUUACGGGUUCCCCGCGCACCACCAGUCGUCCUAUGCGCAUCACCAUCACGCGGGGUUGCACGAGUUGGGUUACGGAGUGUCGCCGGGAAGCGCGUUCAGCCCGAGGUACAGCUCUUUGCUCAUUCAACCGUCCGUGAGACCGGGGCGGCUGCCGACGAUACCGGGUCAGUGUGACUUUACGAAGUCGUCGACGACGGAAUGGCCGUCGACCUACACCCCUCAUAGUCACCAAUCAACGACAGAGGUACCGUCAUACACCGUCGAAACAGGUAGUGCCGUGGACUCGCACGAAACAAACAAGGAUCUCUAUUGGUUUUAGUGACUUCCUUGGAGAUAACCCGACGUCAUCUGCUUGAAAGCGUGGCCAUUUUUAUUGGAUCAACAUCAUGCUACUGAGAGAUGAAUAUAACGACUGUCCGAAGAAAAAAGACUUUUGCAUGCUGCUUAUAUAAAUCAUGUUGAUUUUCUGUAAACUUCGCUCCUAUUUUAGAUUACAUGUAUUUUUAAUUUAUCCAUAGAGUGGAUAAAAGUGUGGAUUAAAACUGGGAAAUAGAUUAAAAUGUUGAUCUUCCAUCUGGUAAUA